UGAGCCCUGGUCACGUGACGAGCCCCGGUAGUUUACAGGCAGUGUGGGCGGGGCUGUGUGGAGAGCUCAGCCUCCCAUGGCAGUGACACAUGAUUAGUGCCCUAGCCUGCCUGUGAGCAGGAAGUGGCAGUGCCAGCCUUCAGCACCCAGGGCCAGCGUUAUAUUUAGUAAGGAAAUCACUUGUUGCCUAGAAAUGCUCCCCUCCCUUAUCAGGCUGUGAUGUACUUGGCACCAGAUCAUUUCCCUCCUCCGGAUACAUCUAAGGUCAGAGAACUGAUUUCAUCUUUUUCAUAUGGAUGAGAUACUGACAGAAGUUCCAGUUUUGGGUUUGGAAUAUUUCUGCAAAAAUGGCAGAGGACCAUGAAGAUGUGAAACCUAACCAUGUGCCCAAAAAGCAGCUAAUUCCACAAAACACUAUAUAUAGGAGUACACAGCACUCAGAAACUCUUCUGAAUGGUCUUGUUGGGCUCCGUGAAGGAGGUAUAUUAUUUGAUGUGGUCCUCAAGCUUGAAGGAAGAUGUGUGGAAGCUCAUCGGAUCCUCUUGGCUGCAUCUUGUGAUUAUUUCAGGGGAAUGUUUGCAGGAGGCUUAAGAGAAAUGGAUCAGCAUGAAGUGCAGAUCCAUGGCAUCACUUAUAACGCCAUGUGUAAGAUUCUGGAUUUUAUCUACACCUCUGAACUGGAACUUGGCACUAACAAUGUGCAGGAGAUACUUGCAGCAGCUUGCCAGCUUCAGAUAUCUGAAGUUAUCAGCUUCUGCUGUGACUUUCUUAUUUCCUGGGUGGAUGAGGAAAAUGUUGUGGAGAUGUACAAGCUAGCUGAGCUGUUCCACCUGCACCAACUUAGCGAAGAGUUGGAUACCUUUGUGCUUAGAAAUUUUAUUACAUUUUCGCGUACUCCAAUAUACAGACAGCUCCCACUGGAGAAAGUGUACUCUCUGCUAAGCAGUAACCGCCUAGAGGUAGGUUCUGAAAAUGAGGUUUAUGAGGGGGCUUUGCUGUAUCAUUACACUGCAGAGCAAGUGGAAACAGACCAGGUGAGCUUGUCUGAGUCUCCGAAGUUAUUAGAAACUGUUCGCUUUCCCUUGAUGGAGUUCCCAGUGCUACAAAGGUUACACGACAAGUUGGGAGGAUGUCCUCUGAAGCAGACAGUAUCCAGUGCUUUGGAAUAUCACAAGAAUGAAAUCAUGCAGCCAGUCCUACAGGGGCCCCACACACAACUGCGUUCCGAGUUCAACUGUGUGGUGGGCUUCGGAGGCAUGUAUUCUACCCCCUUUACUGUGCUCAGCGAUCAAGCCAAAUAUUUGAAUUCUUUGAUCGGGGAUUGGAGACCACUAACUGCCCCUCAGGCACCGCGCAUGUCUAACCAAGGCAUUGCUGUAUUCAAUAACUUUGUCUACUUGGUUGGGGGAGACAACAACGUGAGAGGCUACCGUGCAGAAGCGCGAUGCUGGAGAUAUGACCCCCGGCAUAACCGCUGGUUCCAGAUCCGGUCUAUGCAGCAGCCUCGGGCUGACCUAUCUGUCUGCGUUUUGGGGAAAUAUAUAUAUGCAGUUGCAGGGAGAGAUUACCACGAUGAGCUUAAGGAGGUGGAAAGGUAUGAUCCAUACACCAACACAUGGGAAUACGUGGCAUCACUUCAGAAACAGGUGCACGCUCAUGCCAGCACUGCUGUGGAUGGUAAAAUGUACAUCGCUUGUGGCCGGAGGCAGAACACAUAUUUAAAAGAAACCUGCUGUUAUGACCCAGAGAGGAAUCAAUGGACACGUGUUGCUCAGGGGCCAGUAAGACGGGCUUGGCAUGGUAUGGUGGCACUUCUGGAUAAACUUUAUGUCAUCGGAGGAAGUAAUGAUGAUGAGGGCUUUCGGCAGGAUAUAUUGGAGGUGGCCUGUUAUUGUCCAAAGACUGACCAUUGGUCAUUGGUGACUCCAGUUCCAGCAGGUCAUGGAGAGCCUGGGAUUGCUGUUCUUGAAAAUAAAAUCUACGUCUUAGGAGGAAGGUCACAUAACCAAGGAGAUCGUAUGGAUUACGUACACGUAUAUGAUGCAGAAAAAGACUUAUGGGAGGAAGGACCUCAACUAGAGGACGACGUUUCAGGCAUGGCUGCCUGUGUUGUGACUCUUCCCAGAUCUGUUCUGGUUGAUGCAGAUGUCUGGACACAGGAGGUGUACAUGCAUUGUAUGGAGAGAGCACAGCACCCAGCUGACAAUAUAUCUGAAGGGAUCAGUGGUUCAGACUGGGAAGACUUGGAUAAUUCUGGAGAAGAUUGACUUCUGUCUUUUGAGCAUUUAAAAAUGAUUGACUUUAAAAGUUUUUCUGACAAUUUGUCACCUCCAACUAUGUACUUAUGUGAUUUUUUUUAAAAUCCUUUGCUCAGCAGGUAAUUUUUACUGCACAAAGAACUAAGCAAUGUGUCUCUUUUUCAAGUUACACGUACAGUGCCAUUUUUCCCCAGACAGGUCUUCUGAUUGUCCUCUGCAUGGAGUGGUGCUGUUCACAUGUUCACCUUCCAAACUCCUUUGUGGAUUUGUCGCAUUUUCUCGCCUAGAGUUUUGAAAGCACUUAGUUUUGCACAAUGUACAACACAAUGCCAAAUGUUAAAGACAUGCAGUCUUAAAGGGGUAUUCUCAUCUCAUACAUUGAUGGCAUAUUGCUGGGAUAUGCCAUCAAUGUCAGAUCAGUGCAGCUCUCACCUCUGGGACCUCCUCCUAUCUCCAGAAUGGGGCCCCCCGAACUGUGCUCAGCAUGUUCUCCAUUCACUGGUAAGGGAGUUCCGAAAAGCAUGCUUGGCUAUUUUCAGGCAUUCUAUAACGGAGAAUGGAGAGUGCACACCGCAGCCACCUCUCCACCUAUCUGACAUUGAUUGCAUAUCCUAGCGAUAUGCCAUCAGUGUCUGAGAUAGGAAUACCCCUUUAAGAUAACAUGUCAGCUCUCCUCGUGUCUAUUUUAGUAAAUUGUAUUCCCAUGAAUUAAUUCUGGGGCACAUUUUAUUAAUGUGUAAUAAAGACUGUGUAGGGACACACCUGUUUAAGAAGGAGAAUGGUAAUGCCUAGUUGUUAAAUGAGUAAUACAUUUCUAGGGGGAAUAACAGAGGACCAGCACAACACAGUGUCCUCUAAGGUUGUUAUUUCAUGGGGGGAAGGGUUUACAAGUAUUUACUGAAACAGACCUUUAGGGAAAAGUUUUAUUACUUUAAUAUUUUUGAGUGCCUAAGAUGCUAAAAAAAUUAUUGUAUAAUUUUUUAUGUUUUUUUUUGUUUUGUGAGCACAUGAAUGUUCCCUCCUAUAACAAAUUGAAGGUGCAUAUUACAUUUAUUUGCUUUUUUAUGUUUAGCAAACCUGUUGCCAUCUUGGCAUUACCCCCAUGGCAAUUGUGACCAAUAUUGGUGCUUGAAGGCUUUAUGAAUAAAUAUUCUUUGUCCACUGGGCA